ACAUCAAGAGAGCAUGGCUCACCUGAGUGAACGUAAAUGGACUCAUGUGUUCCCUUUCCUGGUGGUCUCCCUGGUGUACUCUGCCAGUGCUGAAUACUCCAACUGCGGCGAGAAUGAAUACUACAACCAGACCACUGGCAUGUGCCAUGACUGCCCCAAGUGCGAGCCGGGUGAAGAACCUUACAUGACAUGUGGAUAUGGCACCAAAGACGAGGACUAUGGCUGCAUCCCCUGCCCUUCAGAGAAGUUUUCCAGAGGAGGUUACCAGAUAUGCAGACGGCACAAAGACUGUGAGGGUUUUUUUCGAGCCACAGUCAUGACACCUGGUGAUCAGGAGAAUGAUGCAGAAUGUGGUCCUUGUCUCCCAGGUUACUACAUGCUGGAAAACAGACCUCGCAAUAUCUACGGGAUGGUUUGCUACUCGUGCUUGUUGGCACCUCCUAACACCAAGGAAUGUGCAGGGGCUAACUCUGGCAUUUCAGCCAUUUUUCCAAGUACCUCUGGCACAAGCACUUUCUCACCUUACCAGCAUGCUCACAAAGCAGAUCUUUCAGGACAAGGACAUCUGGCUACAGCUCUUAUAAUUGCCAUGUCUACCAUCUUCAUAAUGGCUAUUGCCAUUGUCCUCAUCAUCAUGUUUUACAUUGUGAAAACAAAACCUUCUGCUCAAGCCUGUUGCAAGAGCCACUCAGUAAAAAAUGUUGAAGCUCAGGCUAACACACAAGAAGAGAAGAAAGAAGUGCAAGAUAAUGUUGUGAUAUUCUCUGAGAAAGAAGAGUUUGAAAAACUUACAGCAACUCCAGCUAAGGCUGUCAAAAGUGAAAACGAUGCAUCUUCUGAGAAUGAACGACUUUUAAGCCGUAGUAUGGAUAGUGAUGAAGAAGCUGCAGUUGACAAGCAAGGGACCCCAGAGAGAUGCUUAUUAUCUUUAGUGCAUUUGGCCAGAGAUAAAUCUUCUACAAGCAAUAAAUCAACUGGGAUUCAAAGUCGAAGGAAAAAGAUACUCGAUGUGUAUGCUAACGUAUGCGACGUUGCAGAAGGUCUGAGCCCUACAGAGCUGCCAUUUGAUUGCCUGGAGAAGACCAGCCGAAUGCUCAGCUCGACCUACAACACAGAAAAAGCCAUAGUGAAAACGUGGCGCCACCUUGCCGAGAGCUUUGGACUGAAGAGGGAUGAGAUAGGCGGUAUGACAGACGGCAUGCAGCUGUUUGACCGCAUCAGCACGGCAGGUUACAGUAUCCCAGAACUGCUAACCAAACUGGUACAAAUUGAGCGGUUGGAUGCUGUUGAAUCCUUGUGUGCAGAUAUUCUGGAGUGGGCGCAAGCAAUGCCAGCUCCUGAACCAGCAGGGACAUCCUGACAUGCCUGCCUGGGACCUGCACUUCUACAUCACCCCAAAGAAGCACGAUUUCGGCAAGCACACAAAGACUAUGGACAAAAGACCAUUGAUGUUUCUUCUACAUAAUUGCUCCUGAUAGCCAAUGGGAAGCUCUUCUCUUUGACUUCUAAAAAAAAGUGAAGUUGCACAUUUAUAAAAAUAAGAGCAGAAAUCUCCCAAGAACCUUGGUAUGAAACAUGUCAAUAAACAAAAUUAUUAUAUUAACCAGUUACUGAUAACAAGUGGACACACAAACAUCCAUUUUGCAGUCUGUAUUAUGAGUAUAAGGGCAAAUAACCCU